AUGGCCGGUUCUCAGCAAGAAACUUUAACUUUCACUCUGACUGAAACUCCGCCGGAAUUGGGAAGAAGAGAUGCACUUCAAAAAUUAACUAUUCAAUCUUUUUCUUUUGCCGAUGGGCCUACCAUUUCGGAAGUUAAAUUUGAUAUCGGCAAUGAAAACUAUUUUGAAGAAGAAGAUUAUUUGGGAUUGACCGCCGGCGACCAGAUUACCAUUUCGGAUAUCGAAUGGGAUAGAAAAGAAAAAACUCCCGAGGAUAUUUUGAAUGAUGGUAAUAUUAGAGAGUUACGUGAAGAGUUCGCUGGUUAUGAAGAACUUUCAGAUCAAGAGAAAUUAGUAAAUCUAAAAAUUCAAGUAAAGGGACUGAUUGAGGAAAUUAAGAAUGAUAAUUCCGAAGACUUUUCCGAGGAAGGGUCAGCGGUAGUUGAACGACUGAUAGAGGCCGAAGUUUAUGAAGAUAGGGGAGAAUCUAGAAGAUUAAGAGCCAAAGAGUAUUUCAUUGCCAAAGUUGAAAGUUAUGAAUUUAGUAAUGAACAAAUCAAUGAGGAAAAACUUGUAAAAAAUGGGGAAGAUAAGCCGAGAAAUGAAGAAAACAAAGAACCAAAAGAAAAUAGUUUUGAGGACCUAGUGCAAAGAAUUAGGGAUGUUAAAGAUGAAGAUGAGUUGCAUGAAAUAGACACUGGUCUAUUGGAAAUAGAGGGCGAAAUCUCGGAUGAUGAAAAAAAACUAGUAAAAAGAAAAUUGCUUGAAAUUUAUGAAGUUAAAGAGUGCCUUUUUCUGGAUGGAAAUUCUGAUGAAGAUUUAGAAGAGUUUUUAGCCGCCAAAAGGUCUCAUAAAGGAAAUGAAAAUAUUACUUUAAAAGGUUCAGGUCUUAUUGAUUAUGAAUGGCUGACUGGGGAGAAAUUGAAAGACCUUAAUCUAUCAAGUCUUGUUGGUGCCAAAAGAGAGACAAUAGAUAGAAUUUCCCAGGAGAUUAGAGAAAUCCCAACCAAAAAUGAGAAUGAUUUAGUUAUUUAUACUGAGGAAUAUUUUGAUGAUUUAAGAACCGAUGUUCCAGAGGAAGUAAUCAAUAAAUUAAGAGAGUUGGCUUGGCAAAAUAGUAGUUUAAGUCCGGAAAGAAAAGAAAAAAGGGGUUUAAGAACUUUAGGAGGGCCAGAAAAAUUUGUAAAAGUAGGUCGGGGAAAGUAUAAUUACACUAACCAUGAAAAAACGGUGGAACAACUUAGAACUGGUGAACAAAUUUCUAAAGAAAUAAAAUCCCUGGAAAAUAAAUUGAAAAAUAGUGUUUUUAAAACUAAUGAUGUUCUACCAGUUGGAAUUGGAAUAGAGGAUUUAAAAAAAUUAAGACAGGAGCAAUGUGAUAGAUAUUUGGGAACAAUGGUGGAACUGGGAAAAAUUGUUAAAAGUGCUCGCCAAAAAAUUGAUAGUGGUAUUACUAGUGAGACCGAUGAGGCUAUUAGGGAAAGAAUAAAAGCAUUGAAAGAUUUUGAGGAUUAUCAGGAAAUAAGAGAUUAUGAGGAUGAUAAUUAUCCCCGCAAAGCCCGAGAGAUAUUACAAAAAGCAAUUGACAAGGAUCCAGUGACUGGUUUUAAUUUUCCAGGAAGAGGCGGAAGAGUUGAUUUAAAUGGUAUUAGGUCGGUUUUAAAUCCUCUUCGAGCAUUAAUGGCAAAAAGAUUGGAUGAUGAAGUUGCUGCUAAAAAGAGGGAAUUAGAAUUAUUAAGAAUGGAAGCGAAGUUUGUCGACCGGGAAGGAAAUGACUGGGGUUUUGAACUUUCUGAACCAGAAAAAACUAAGAUAGACAGUGCUGAAAGUGAAGAAAAAUUAAAAGAAAUCCAAGCGGAAAUUAGUGCCAUACAUGGGCAAAAAAAGGUUAGAUAUACAACUAAUACCGCUCGUGGUCCGCUUUCAAGUAAAGAUGUUGAAUUAGUUAAAUGUAGCCCAACUGAGAUGGAUAAGGUUCACCAGUUAUACAAGGAUAUUGAAGAAGCCGAGAACCUAGAUUAUUUACGAGGUCUGGAACUUGAAGUUUAUGAUGAAGUCUUAGUAAAAUCUACACUGAAAAAGGAAGCGAUGAAAAAAAGGAGGGAUGCCAAAGAAUUAAAGUUGUUUAAAGUUAACUUUGAAGAAGGUAGUCCUAGUUCCAUUGUUACUGACUGGGAACUGAAUCAAGAACAAAAAAAUGACCGCUACAAAAAAUGGCUUGCUAAAACUGGCGGUGAUGAACCAGAUGAUAUUCACUCAUAUAUUUUUUCUGCUGCCGCUGGCAUUUUUUAUGCUAAAUUUACUGAUAUAAUUAACCCUUACAACCCUUCUGAUCCUAUUUUGAGUAUUAUUGAUUAUAUUGAUCCUAGCAGGGUUAGAAAAGGAGAAUUAAAUUUAGUAAGAGGCUUGUUGGAAGAUAUUAAAAGCAAAACCCAGGCUAGACAACUUUUUAAUUAUCCUCGAUAUAACGAGAUUGAGGCAAUAGAUGAAAUUUGGGUUGAUAAUUUUGCUAAAGAAGUAAAUCAUGCUAAUUCUUUGGCAACAAGAAGAAAUCUACCAACCGUUGCUACAGAAGAUACAGGAGAAAAUAAACCUGAUACUGAAAAAAUAUUGAAGUAUCGUAAAAAUGAUAUUUCACCCGAUAAAGCCAGCCAAGUUUUCGUAAAUCAUUGGGAAGACACUCAUUUUAGUUGGACCGGAGAUAAAGCCAAUGUUCCUUCUUACACUUCUUUUGGAGAAACUGAUUACAAUUUUUGUGGAGUAAAAGUUUGUCAAAAACAAUUAGAUAAAGUAAAUAGUAUUAUCAAGGAUAUUAAAGAAGCAAAAACUUUAACUGAUUUAAUUAGCGAAGAUGAUGCAACUAAAUAUGAAGAGGAAAGAGUGCCUGAUAAUAUCACAGAAAUUGAAAAUGAAUUAAACAAAAAACCAAUUGUUUUGGUUCAGGAAUUAACUAAUUCAGAUUAUCAAGCCAAGUUACUCAGUUUGGCCGACCAAGAUACUGAACGCAAAAAUUACAAAAGUAUAGUAAUUACGGAGAUUACCGAGAAAAGAGCAAAAAAACUUUCUCAAGUUCGUCAAAUAAUUGCUAAUGCCCAAACUAUCUUUGCUAAAAUAGGUGCUACUAAACAGGAAUUAGAAAAAGCGAUUAAUGAUUUAAAAAAUCUUGCCAAGGCUCAUUCAGAUAAAAAGAAAUUAAGUGAAAUUGAUGAUGAUAAAGAAAACGUUCCUGCUCUUCCUACUCCUGAUAAGCCUUUAACUCCGCGGCAAAAAGAAUUUUAUGAUAAAAAACUUGACUACUCGAUUGCUAAGAAAAAAGUUCUAACUGAAAUAGAAAAUCAUCAAAAGACUUGUUCUCGAAAAGAUAAUUCUAAUCAGAUUGAAGGAGGUAUCGGCGAAGUUGAAUUAGCCCAAAAGCAGGCUUUGGCAGACUUAAACUUUCAUGUAAAAGAGUGUCAAAAACCUAAAAGAUUAGAUAGAAGUAAGAUAUUUCUAGAAAGAGAUGAUCAAGGACUAAUUUGGCAAGAGAAUGUAAAUCUAAAUACCGAGCCUUACAAGUUCAUGGCAAAAGAAAAUAUACCGCAAAUAGAAGAGGUUAGGGAAUUAGAACCAGAAGCAUGA